UAAACAAUUACACAUAUACUUUGAUUGUCAUACGAUACGUUUUCGGUGUUUGAUUCAUAUAUUUCGAAUUACUAAAAAUGAAGUGCUUAAUGGUGGUAGUUUUCCUAGCAGCUGUUUAUGGGUUGGGUAUGGGAAAAGUUUUGCAACCUGGAGAAUCUGAAGUUACUAGGAAAAUACAUGGGUCUCACGGCGAAUACAGAGACUUCACUAAAGCAGAUUGUGCUAGCGAUUUUGAAAACAAAUGGGUAAGAUGCGUGGGUCAGGAAGGUACCUUCAUCUACCACUGGAACGACAAGCUGAAGGGUUGCGAAAGGGCCAUUUACAAGGGUUGUGCUCCCACCAGAAACAACUUUAUCACGGAACAUGACUGUAACACACAAGCCAAACCAAUUUGUUCCAAAUAAUUUCAUCCCGUUGCAAAAUAUAAUUAUUUUUACUCUUGUAUAAUAAAUAAACAAUACUCUUUUUUUUA